UCAUAUGGAUGCGUCGGGAUGAUGCAAGUUCUUAUGCAAUUCUCCUGCAUCGGGGCCUGGAGAGACCCAACAUAUUCCUUGACUAUUUCCUCGCAGCGGUGAAAUCAAACUCAAUUGAGAGUAUCGGCAUAUUCUGAUUCGUUCUCCGCUUAUCGGCGGAACUUUGAGUAAAGCACUUCCCUCCGAAGGUCGGCAAACUGUAAACGUAGGAGAACACCCGACUUUAUGCGCUUAAACCAAGUUUUAUUUACCUAAAUUCCUCUCUCUAGCAUCAAAUACCGAACCUCGCUGGCUACUGUAUCUCAAACGAAGGUGUUCCCAGGCAAUUGAGUAGUUCCGGAGCUCGCCAGAGGCUAUCUGACCCCAGAGGAGGUCUUUCUAGUCAAGAUGCAAGCCUCCUUACGAUGCCUCACGGCGUCGACGUCGACGGCGGUUCUCACAGCCUCCAGAACCGCCACGACCUCACGCAGACUGUGUCACUUAGGCAGACGCCCAGCGGGUAUUCGUCCCGUUCGAGCGACGAGGACGUUCUACACGAGUUCGACCGCCGAGACCAAGGAACACGAUCCUUUCACGACCAAGGCUGGUGCCCAAUCCCCUCUUGCACCGGUCGACACCUUCGUCCGACGACAUGUUGGCCCAGAUAGCGCCUCCGCGGAUGAAAUGCUCAAGGCUCUCGAUCCCCCGGCAGCGAGCCUUGAUGAGUUCGUGAAGCAGGUUCUCCCCCAAGACAUCCUGUCAUCAAGGGACCUGAAGAUUGAACUUGGGAACGGAAAGUCCACUUCGGAUUCGGAAGGAUACUCCGAGACACAGCUUCUUGCGCGCCUGCGGACCAUUGCGUCGGGAAACAAGGUCCUAAGGAGUUACAUCGGUUGUGGAUAUGCGGGAACGAACGUCCCGGAGGUGAUCAAGCGAAAUGUCUUGGAAGGGCCGGGCUGGUAUACUAGCUACACCCCGUAUCAGCCGGAAAUCAGCCAAGGGAGGUUGGAGUCGCUGCUCAACUUCCAGACCAUGGUGUCCGACAUGACUGGCCUGGCCAUCGCAAAUGCUUCGGUCUUGGAUGAGCCCACAGCUGCUGCGGAGGCGAUGACACUGUCGCUGAACGCUUUACCAACAUCGCGAUUAAGACGGCAGAACAAGGCUUACUUUGUCUCGAACCUAUGCCACCCACAGACCAUUUCUGUGCUUCACGCACGCGCCGAAGGCUUCGGGAUCAAGAUCAUUACAGGUGAUCCCCUCGAGGACGGCUGCAAGGCGGUCAAGGAACUGGGAGAUGACCUUGUUGGUGUCUUGGUGCAAUACCCAAACACGACUGGCGGCACCGACGACUUCCAAAAUUUGUCUGACAUUGUACACCAGAUGGGAGGAACCGUGAGCGUCGCGACCGACCUCCUCGCUCUGACGGUGCUGAAGCCGCCGGGCGAGUUCGGAGCCGACGUCGCCUUUGGCAACGCCCAGCGGUUCGGUGUUCCUUUCGGUUAUGGCGGACCUCACGCCGCAUUCUUUGCUUGCAGUGAGAAGCAUAAGAGGAAGAUUCCUGCGCGUCUGGUCGGUCUGUCGAAGGAUCGAUUGGGCGACAGCGCCGCGAGAUUGGCGCUCCAAACUCGCGAACAGCAUAUUCGAAGAGAAAAGGCGACGAGCAAUAUCUGCACCGCUCAAGCUUUGUUGGCGAAUAUGAGCGCUUUCUACGCCAUCUAUCACGGUCCGGUGGGACUGAAGGCUAUUGCUCACCGAAUCCAGUUGCUCGCAAGAACCCUCCAAAAUGCCAUAUCUCAGCUCGGCUACACUGUCGGCUCAAAUACUUCACAGGACGCAUUCGGCCCAGUUGCAUUCGACACCAUGGUUGUGGAUCUCAGCAAUUCUAAAGCCAGCGCCAGCGAGGUCCUGAGCUGGGCAGUGGAGAACAAAGGCAUCAACUUACGAAAGGUUGAUGACACUCGAAUUGGUAUCACCGUCGACGAGACGGUAGAAAAGGAGGAUCUACAAGAUGUCGUGGACAUUUUCCGGCAGUUCAGCAUCGAACCCAAAGCUACUGACAUUGAAGCUAUUGCAUCAGAACUUAUAUCCUCUCAACAAAUUAGCGCUUUCGACCGAACAUCGGACUACCUUACCCAUCCCGUUUUCAACACACACCACUCAGAAACCGAGCUGCUCCGAUACAUCCAUCAUCUCCAGUCGAAGGACCUUUCUCUCACCCACUCCAUGAUUCCCCUUGGCUCAUGUACGAUGAAAUUAAACGCCACCACGGAAAUGGCUCCGGUCUCGUGGCCCGAGUUCUCAUCGAUCCACCCUUUCGUCCCGGUCGAUCAAGCACAAGGUUACGCAACUAUGGUGAAGGAGCUGGAGAAUGAUCUGGCCGAAAUUACCGGGUUCGAUGCCGUAUCGUUGCAACCGAAUUCAGGGGCGCAGGGCGAGUUUGCAGGCCUGCGUGUGAUCAGGAAGUUCCACGAUCAGCAGCCGGGCAAGAAACGAGACAUCUGCUUGAUUCCCGUCUCCGCACACGGGACCAAUCCAGCGAGUGCCGCAAUGGCUGGUAUGCGCGUCGUAACCAUCAAGUGCGACACGGGCACUGGAAACUUAGACAUGGAAGACCUCAAGGUCAAAUGUGCGAAGUACAGCGAAGAGCUGGGUGCCAUCAUGGUCACGUAUCCCAGCACGUUCGGCGUCUUCGAACCGAGCGUCAAGGAGGUGUGCGAGAUCGUUCAUCAACAUGGCGGCCAGGUCUACAUGGACGGAGCCAACAUGAACGCUCAAAUUGGUCUCUGCUCCCCCGGAGAGAUUGGAGCGGACGUCUGCCAUCUCAACCUUCACAAGACCUUCUGCAUCCCUCAUGGAGGCGGCGGCCCUGGUGUUGGCCCUAUCGGUGUCAAAUCGCACCUUGCUCCGUUCCUUCCAGGCCAUCCCCUCGUCCCAACUGGCGGCGAGCUGGCCAUUCCACCGGUCAGCGGGGCUCCAUGGGGUAGCGCCAGCAUCCUUCCCAUCAGCUGGGCAUAUAUUAAGAUGAUGGGAGGUCGGGGUCUCACCCAUGCCACCAAGAUCACCCUUCUCAACGCCAACUACAUCCUCUCUCGCCUCAAGCCGCACUAUGGGAUUCUUUACACGAAUCCCGCCGGACGCUGCGCCCACGAGUUCAUCUUGGACCUUAGCCCCUUCCAAAAAUCCGCCGGCAUCGAAGUCAUCGACAUCGCCAAACGGCUGCAGGAUUACGGGUUCCAUUCGCCCACGAUGAGCUGGCCCGUCGCCAACACGAUGAUGAUCGAGCCGACGGAGAGCGAAAGUAAGGAGGAGCUGGAUCGGUUCUGCGAUGCGCUGAUCUCCAUUCGCAAGGAAAUCGCGGAGAUCGAAAAAGGGGCGCAGCCGAAAACGAACAAUUUGCUGAAGAUGGCGCCGCAUACGCAGAAGGAUUUGCUGAGGAGCACUUGGGACCGUCCGUACGAGCGAGAGCGGGCGGCGUAUCCGCUGUCAUAUUUGAGGGAGAAGAAGUUCUGGCCCACCGUGGCGAGGUUGGAUGAUGCGUACGGCGACACCAAUCUGUUCUGCAGUUGCGCUCCAGUGGAUCCUAUAGAGUAACUUUUGGACGGAGAUUUCCAAGAAUUGUCAGCGGUGCUUUUUCAUGGUAGGCAGCUUGCUCUCCAUGGGCUCGCAGCCGCGUCGAUCCGGCCGCGGCCAAUGCCCUUUAUCACGCAGCAUACAUAUACACCGGCAUUCAGCUCGCUUGGAUCUAUGGUUCAACAGCUGCGCCUGAUGCAUCCUCGGAAGCCCGUUCAACAUUGGGCUUCGACGAUUAUCCGGCAUUAGAGGAAGUUUGAGG